AUGACUGUUGACAUUUUUAUACACCAGUUUAUCUUUUGGAAUGUUAUUGUAAAGCAAGCCACAGAUGUGUGGGUCCUUAACAAAACAAUCCACAUUGAUGAUACCGAGAGUGUUUUGACCGGAAUAAUAGGUAUAUUUCUCAGAACUUACAGGUGUAAUCUAUGCAAAGUUACAUGUUUAGUAAAAAGAGGCAUAAGUUGUUCUCUCUGCACAAUAUUACAUCCAUGCAUCCACUGCCACCAGAAAAAUCUCUACUCUGAAUAAUUUCUGAUAUCUUGCAUUCAUAAACAAUUUGCAUGAUAAAAUAAUCCAUAUGAAUGUUGCCACAUGUAGUGUACUUGUGAUAUAUAAUAUGUAACACAGAUGAGUAGUUCCUGUCAUAUAUAUAUAUAUAUAUAUAUAUAUAUAUAUACCACACAUGAGUAGUCAAAUAAUUAAAAGCAAUGUACACCUUUUGUACAAGGAAUCUUAACAUAACAUAAACUUGUACUUAAAAUACUAACUGCAACAAAAUAAUUGCAUGUGUUCUUAUUCUUGUGAUGUUGUAGCCAUUGAUGACUGGGAAGCUCUACAGAAUUUUAUUUUGGCUGAAAAAAUCUGCUGGCUAAUACUCUACUUGUCUUAUUUGGAGCCCCACAGUCUGCCAAAACAACGGCACUAAAAGCUACUCUUUCAGUUGUUGGCAAAACAGAUAUUGUACAAGGUAUGUGGUGCCCUAUUUUUUAUUUAAUACUGCAUAGGUCCCCUUGGGAAAGUUUUAUCAAUGAGCAGGCAAAGGAGAAGUCUCAGAUUACUGUUUUAUAGUCAGCAUGGAUGAGUUAUUGAGUGCUAACAGGCUGCAAAGAAAUUCAGUUUUACAGCUUGCCCUUUGGGAAAGCUGAAAGUCAUUUUUAUUAGCCUGCAAAAAUUUUUUUGCAAGCAGAAAAAAAAGAGCUGCUUUGCUCUUAGUGCUGCCACACUUUAGAAUUUUUGCUAGGUCCACCACAACACAUGAAUGAUUAACAUGCAUUUUAGACAUUUUAGAAUUUAGGAACAUGUUUUUUAAGAAGAAAAAAACUGCAUUGAAAUGGUGAAACCAAAGUUCUCGAUGGACACACUUAAAAACAACAUCAACAACGCAGUUCAUCUUGUUACAAGUAACCAAAGGUUUUAGGUUUCAAAAGAACAAAAAUGUUCGUUUCAUUUCUGGCAACUUUUCAUCUGAAAGAUUUUUGUGAAAAGUGAAAACAGUACAAUGUGGUCUAUAUAGUUUAACCAAAAAACACUUACAGUAUUGGUGUUUAGAAGUGUUUGGAACACAUGUGACCAAUAUUCGUUAAAACCAUGAUAAUAAAUUUCUCACUGGAGUUUAGGAUCAAAACCUUUUGUUUACAUUCCUCACAAAUGAUUAUGAAGCAAAAUUUAGACAAAUAGCUUUCUCUGAAUUAGUAAGAAUUAGUCACGGGCAACAUUUACCUCCAAAGCUUUUUUCAAUAUCUGCUUUUACUUUAUGCAUGGGAUCUCAAUAUGUCUCAUCUGACAUGUAAUGUGAUACUUUGUCUUGUUAAUGCAGAUUUCACUUUGUUGGAGCGACUUUCAGUCUGCAUGAAUUUUAUUAGGAAUUUAAAACACUUGUCUUAUAGUACUUCUGUAAUUUAAAUCUAUGAAAAUUCACUAGCCCGAUUGCAAAAUCCACUAGCCCUGGGUUAUCAGACAUGACUUUCUUUGCACACCGGCUAAUAUGCAGUAUGUGAUUUCAUAGAAAAAUUAUUGUUGACCAAACUAAACCACAGACCAAAAUUACAAGUUCCAUGGUUAUGUAUAUGCAUGCAGUGCCAUCUGAGUGAAUGAUGACAUUACAUUAGAUAGUUUGCCAUGUUUACCAUACUAGACUGUAAGAGUUUAUAUAAGGAGUACUUUUCAUUAAUCUUAAUUGAAUAAUAAUUAUUGUUUGUCAAGGAAUGACUUUCAAGGCAAUUAUAAUAGAUGCUGUCUGCAAGACACCCAUUCCAUUUGGCUGAGAUUAUUGCGAAUUUACGGACCAUCCGGUGGAGAUGGCAGAUGAUCAAGAGCUAGUCAAAGAUCAGAGGGCCUUGGUGUCCUACUCCCUCCUGGUUUUUGCAUUCAAAAUGGUGAGUAUACAAAUAUAAACUGUAACAAAGAAAGUUGGUUGCAUUGGGAUGGAAGCCAUUGGUUCUACAUCCCGACACUUCAGCUCUGAUAUUUAGUGAUUGUAUUAAUCCAUCUGAAAGAGAGCAAAAUUAAUAAGUGCAUGGAUGGGAAGUUAUGUAAAUAAAAAUAACUGAAAAAUAACAAGUCAGAACAAAAUCUUGCAUUAAUCCCAUUUAAAUCAUGACUGUAAUUUAAUUAUGUCUUACUUAUGAUGCUGUCUCUUCAAUUAAAUGCAGAUUCUUGAGAAGGUAGGGUUGCCAAAGCUCUUCAUCCUUCUAGAGGAAAAAAUUAAAAAAGUUGUACUGCCAAGUUAUGUGGGAGCAUCCCAUGUCACUGCAACAUCUGUUCAGUUGCCAAAGGAAGUUUGCAGUGACACCAACAAAGCAUUGACAAAUUCCUUUGCAUCAAUUACUGCUUUCAAUGUUCAAAAUGUAAGUAUUGAUAAUAGUGUUAUGAUCAGUUGUUACUAGAAGCUACACAUGCAUAUGUAUAUAUAUAUAUAUAUUAUAUAUAUAGUGUGUGCAGUUUUUUUUCUUGAUAUUGUAAAAUUUGGCCUGCAAUAAUUAUUAUUUUGGUUUCCUUUUCAGGUGGUUCCCUUUGUCAAUAAUAGAAUAAAGCCCUCUCAAUGAAGCUGUGGGGAAGCUGUAGCUUUUAAUGUGCCUUGCUUAGCUCAGCACAUUAAGGUUACUGGUAUCAACCCAGUGUUAACCAAUGCCACUAUAUGGCAUUUCAUUACCUCUAACGUUAUUGGUUGUGUGGGGAAGUCAAAUAAGGUUUGGAGCUGAACAACAAGCUUGACAUCUGCCUACACAAGUAAGUGUUACCUUGAUGCUGAAAUUUUGGGUGGACUUGAUAAAGGUAAAAAUGUACAAUGUAGACAAUAAUGCUGCAAAAAACUGAUAUGUUCUUUAGAGAGAAAUUUUAAUUUGACUUUGCCCAUGCCAUUUUUAUGUAAUGUAAUGUUUAUAAAAGUGGGCAUAAGUGGGAGAACCUAGAGUCCAUAAAAAGUCUAGCAUUCUUACACAUUACAAAUAUAUGCACACGUUUUCAAAAACAUUGCAAUUUGAAAAUAUUUAGAUAUACCUUUCCUGUUCUAAUUGAAAAGGUGAUAGACGAUGCAUGUAUAUUUCAAAUCAAAGGAACUAUACUUGAGGAACUUGUAAGUGAACUGCCCUUGUCAGCAACUGUUGUUCCUUUUCUACCAAUUUAUAUUGGUUGUCAGCAUAUUUUUGGAGAAGACAAUCUCUCAUUUGAAGAGAAUUGUGUUGCUUUGAAGGCCUGUUUGAACCAGACUAUACACCAUAACACAUACAAAAGUAUACAAGGCUUCUCUGUUAAUUCUGUUUUGCAAAUGAUUAUUGUUUUACUUUCUUGUUUUCAGCUUUUUCAUCACUGACUACCAGUACCACAUCUAGUACGUAAUAAUGAAUUGAAUUAAUUCAUUUAAGUACAAGUGCUUUACCAUGAAAACAAUCAGAAUGGUUGUUUUCAUGGUGGACAUCCUGUUCCAAAGGCCUACUGUUUCAGCCUGCUGGAAUUAUUGAGCCACUCCAUUGUUCAAGGUGGUCCCAGUUUUAGUGCUUUACAUCCAGCAAUCUACUUCUACUUAGCAGAUGCAAACCUUCUGUAUGUACUCUCUCAACUAAGAGGACCAGAUUUCCUCCUCAAUGCAGGUACUUUAGUGUACUUACAGAUUUUGUUACAUUUAUGCUCACAAGAACAUUGGAAUGUACUUAAUUUUGUACACUUUGUAUAGGGAAGAAACAGGUUCAUAGAGAGGGGGUUUAUUCAAAAAAUCAUACUUCCAAACAAGGAGCUUGUUAGAGACAGGGCUAACAGAUGGACUACUAUUUUUUGAGGGGAGGGUUUGGCAGUUACUGUAAAAAAAAUUCCUGCACAACCUGACCCCAAGAAAUUAUUUCUAGCUCAGAAAAAAAUUGCCCACCCUCCUAAUGGUCAUUCCCUUAAUAGAGUUUUGACAUAAACAGAAUCAAAGGGUAAGUGAAAUAUUCCUGUCCCAAUCCAUAUGGCAUAUAAAGUGACAAUGGAACAUUUCUGAUAGGGUUUUUUUUCUUCUUUGUAAUUGAUGAAACUUCACAAUCAUCCUUCCUCUGA